GUGAUACUGUGGAGAAGUUACUGUGUGAGUACCUCCGCUGUCCUUUCACUCGGUCUCUGCAUGCCAGCUAUUAACAAACUCGAAACAAAAGCGCCGACGCGGUCACAUCCACAUGCAUCGACGUGCAUCCUCACAAAAGUCAAUUGCUUGGUCCUACCCUUGCACAUAUGGCUAAGCCUCAAUGCAACAGCGACAGUCAGCCUUACUCAUCUUCACCCCCAUGAUCAUUGCGCUCCUCUUCAUGAAAAUCUUGCAGUACUCGCUGCAUUUCCGGUGUUCGUUUUCUGGUCCCUGCAUAAUGGGUUUGCAAGGAUAGGAGGGGAAGCUUGACGGAUACCCUCGCCGUGGGCGCUGUGUGGUACUCCUUCUUUUACAGGCCUUGACCACAGGAAAGCAAGUCCCGCAAAGGUG